AAAAAUAUGAUCAAUGCAAAGGAGUACAAGUGUGUGUUGUGAAUACAUGUGAAAACACUAAAUAUUCAAAUUUAUCACAGAUGAUUGCCAGACCAUGAGAUUUUUUUUUCUGUAGAAAUCCAGUUAUUUUCAGCCCUGAGAAGUAACAGUUAAACCAACCCUUUAACAUUCUUGAGAACACAUUUAUUCUACAAAAACAAGAAACCGUGUUAAAAAAUGUCUUCCAGUAGCCUCAUAACCCCACCUGUUACAAAGGUGAAGUUGAAAACGUUUUGUUAAAAAGAUUUUAUUGUUGAGCAUUAGGGGGAAAAGGCUUUUGUAUGGUCUCCAAACAGGUGCUUGCGAAUCAGACAUGUUUUUUUAUUUAAGGCCAUUGAUAAGCCAGUCAUCUACUGGCUCAACAGCAGCUCUUCCUUCAUGUUUUAACUGGACAGACUACAACUCUUCCUUCCCACCUAAAUUUCACACCGUGUUUAUCUACGCCAGAGAGGAAAUAGUCCCUCAACUGAGCCUGGUUUCUCCCAAGGUUUUUUCUCCAUUUCUGUCACCUCAUGGAGUUCAGGUUCCUUGACCUGUGUAGCAACUGUCAAUUAAUAAAAUGUAUUGUCUGUUGCUUAUUUGCUUGGCUGAAUGACAAUGUAUUUUGGCUAAAUUUUAUAUUUUGCCAACUGGAUUGGUCUAAAUAUACAUUCUGUGGCUCCAGCAGGAUGCUCUACUUAAGAUGGCAAUCCUUUUCAGACUACUUGUUUUCCUACCCUCUCAGAUGUGUAACAGAUGUCUCCAGAUGCAGAUUAAUAACCUGAAUCCUGUUUCCCUGUUUUUCUUAACUAACACGACCAUUAAUCUGUUUUGUUUUGUCCUGUGUCUGUUCUCUGUACUCCCUCUAAGAGGCAGUAUAACAGUUCAUCCUGAGAUGUGAAUAAGCUCUGAAGAAAGUUCUUGGCAUCAGAAAGUAAAUGAUCAGGUUCAUUCAAACGACUUCAGAUUCAUUUUGUUGAAGAUGUUGUGUCCAGGCUUUAAAUGAUGAAAGAGUGAGUAUGCAUAUAUUCUUUCUUUUUAGAUUGCAAUGAAGCAGUCCAUUUAAUUUGGGUAAUUUUGAUUUACCACUCAAUCAAUUGAGAUUUAUUUGUACUUUCAUGUUUAUGUUCUCAUGUGUUUUUACACUAUUAUCAUACUAUUAUUAUCAAACAUUACACUAUUGAGAUACUUAAAGUGAAGAUGACUCUAUGCAAAAAUCUGUAUGUUACAGUAAUGAACUGAAGUUGACAAACCACCUAACACUAGUUUCCUUUUCCUCUUGAUCUGUAAAGGGCCCCAAACCCCACACCCCUUUGAGGUGGAGUCACUGUGCUCCUCGUGUGCAUCUGACAUUAUUUCUUUGUUACGCUCAGAUGUUUCUGGCUUUCUUACCUCAGUCACUAUUAUUUAAUUUCCUCUUCAAUAAUGUUAGGUUUGAAGUAUGCUCAUGUUACUCUCUUGUUUCUUAUCACCCCUUCUGUAACUGCACAUGGAGGUAUUGUUUAUAUCCACAGAGUGAGAAAUUCGUCCAUUGACAUUUCCUGUGUAUCGGCAAACAAGGAGGAAAACCUAUUUGCCUUUUCACUGAAACGCAGGUUGCUGCAGACCAGUCAAGUAAUGUAUCUUUCAAAAGGAAACACACCAUAUAUCAAUAAAUCUGAGGACAAGGAUCGCAUUACUGUACGUGAUGAGUUCUUCAACCAUACAGUUCAUCUGACAAUCUCAAACCUGCAAGGUCAGGACACAGACGUGUACCACUGUGAAUUCCACUAUGGUGAUCUUCCAUAUGAUAAGAAUAUCCCUGGCAAGAUCGAGUUCUUCAUCUAUGUCGAAGACUUCUCUCGCGAGCCUUGUAAUUGUUCAAGUUACCUGCCAUUGCUGUAUGUGAUCUCUGGAGCUGCAUGUCUGCUGGGUGUUCUGGUUUUCACUCUCGCUACAGCUUACUGUUGUAAAUGGCCUAACCGUAGAAAGCCACAGCCUGUAGUUCCUGUUUAUGAGGAGAUGACUGGGGUGCGGCCCACCAAAGGAAAAGCCACAAGCCGUCAGACUGAUAUUGCAAAACUGGAGGAGACAAACAGCUCUUUGGCCACCUUCUUAAGCAACGAAAACCAUUAUGUAAAUUGAAGUGUCAAAAUGUAGUGAAUAGGAAGUCACUCUGCAUUGAUGUUGAUGUUCAUGAUGAUGCUCCAGCUGAUCCACAAGACUUCACUGAAUCAUCAGAUUUGUUUGUUAGCAUAAAAUUAGUCUUUUCAUCUUUCAUCUAUACCUCUGUUAAAGGUACUUUAAGACAUGUAAUUUUAUUGCUACAAAAACAGAUCGUCAGCUUGCAUCCUUUUUAUAGAGAUUAAAUGCUGUUUUGUCUAAUAGUACAAAAUUGAUAUAUCAUGAUAAAACACAAAAAAUGUUUUUUUUUUUUCAAUUUUAUGUUUAUUUUGAUUAUAGGUGUAGUCAUAUAACAUAUUUCACUUUACAUAUAGGCUUCAGGCUAUACGCAUCAGGCUACAUUGCCUGAUGCGUUUUAAAUGUAAAUUGUACUCCACAUUUAAGUUGUUUAUAACCUUUUUUCAUUUUUACAAAAAUAAAUAUAAUAUUGAUAAUAAAAUAAAGGUAUAUAAACAGUAACUAUGUACAUACAGGGAGAGAACGUGUGGCCUAAUUUAAUUCCAUCCAGAAUAGACUCAAGUGACUUUCAUUUAAGUAAAACAUCUAUAUGCACGUAGAUAUUAAACCUACAUUCAUACACUCACACACACAUAUAAUAUAUAUAUAUAUAUAUAUAUAUAUAUAUAUAUAUAUAUUUUUUUUUUUUUUUUUUUUUUUUUUUUUUUUGAUACAUAUUCAACCAGGAACCAUUUCCAAGAACACAUCCUUCUUUAAAUUAAGAUAAAGUAUUCUGUAUUUCUAAAGUACGCACUGGUAAUAUGUUUAUUUGCUGUUUUUGUUUUUAACCCUUGUGUGGAACUGAAUAGAGUGGUAGUUUACCACUGUCUGCACAUUCUAUUUAAAAAGAAAAUUUGAUUUCACAAAAUACACUAUUGCAGGACCUGUUUAUUGAAAGGUAGGAAAAAGAUGCAAACUUACAAGAAAAAAAAAUCAGUUGAUAAGACUUUCACAUUAUUUAAAACAUUAAAGCAUGCAAAUAAAGUCUAGAAGAUGGAGUGUUUCCACAGUUUCACUUUACACAAGCAGGCAACAAGAAUUCCAGUCUUAUCUGCCACUUGGUUGGUUUUGGUUCAAAAACAGUGGACCAUAGACCACUAACAGUUUAUUUGACAGUUUGAGACAAAAGUGAGAGCAUAGUGUUGCAUUGGUUUGCUUUAAAUAUGAAUGCUAUAUGUUUUAUUCACAUGGCAACAAAUAAAUAUUCUCUCAUAUACAUA